UGUACAGUAAGUAGGCUGCAUUACAAGAUGAAACGACUCAAUAUCGCGGUCUGCCGGCCUUUGGGCUAGUACAGGUGCAAUUCCUUCCACGUUGUGUAGGCUUAUUUUUUUUUAUUUCAUAAGCCAAAUUGCAUAGAUGUCCUACUAUAGACAAAUUGUCGGGGAAAUGUAAUUACACCUUCCCUUCUUAGCCCCUCUCUUUUCCACGUCUCUCUCGCGUWCACACACAAUCGGCGGAGUUCAGUUGCGUCGGCUAGGUUAACAACGGAGUAUUAAACAUCACUUGUUGCUAGUUGAGUAUUGGCUUGUACGGGGACCUUCCACCACCAGGAAAUGGAGGAAUGAGCGUGUAGCMAGCAACACAGAGGGAGGGGAAACUGACAAGACGUUUACUGCAAGUCCCACACAUAACGUGAGCGAGGUCUUCCAGUUCCAGCGGCAACACUUGAAACAAAAAGAUGAGUGACGAAGAUAGACUUCAAGUUGAACUUUUUGUUAAGGCAGGCAGUGAUGGCCAGAGCAUUGGCAACUGUCCAUUCUCCCAGCGUCUCUUCAUGGUGCUGUGGCUUAAAGGAGUCACUUUCAACGUCACCACCGUGGACAUGAAGAGGAAACCAGACAUCCUUAAGGACCUGGCCCCUGGCGCUCAGCCCCCCUUCCUGCUCUACGGGACGGAGGUGAAAACCGACACCAACAAGAUAGAAGAGUUCCUGGAGGAGAACCUGUCCCCUCCAAAGUACCCACGCCUGGCAUCCAGGAGCCCUGAGUCUAACACAGCCGGCCUAGACGUGUUCUCCAAGUUCUCAGCCUACAUCAAGAAUUCAAACCCCCAGCUCCAUGACCACCUAGAGAAAGGCUUGCUCAAGGCCCUGAAGAAGCUAGACGACUACCUUGGCUCCCCACUUCCUGACGAGAUUGACGAGAAUAGCGCUGAUGAUGUCACUUCCUCCUCCCGUCCCUUCCUGGAUGGGCAGGUCCUCACUCUGGCCGACUGCAACUUGCUUCCCAAGCUGAACAUUGUCAAGGUGGUGUGUCUGAAGUAUCGCARUUUCUCCAUCCCUAAGUCUCUCUCCAACCUGUGGCGGUACCUGGACGCUGCGUACGCCCGCGAGGAGUUCUCCUCUACCUGCCCCAACGACACAGAGAUACACAUCGCCUACUCAGCCGUGGCUAAAGCACUUAAGUAGGAGGACAAGGGGAUUCCAUCAGUCACACACAACAGCAAAUACACCCAUACCUGUUCAGAUAUCCUAGACACACUCACCUACCUACGCAGACACUGUACAUGUGGCAGCAUACACACGCCCCAAUGCACUCACACAUACAGGCACUCUCUCAGACACACGCACACCAUUCCAACAGCCUUUCUUGAGAGCAGGAAAUCAAUAUCACUGUAAGAUCAAGUUGAAAAUGUUGCAUUGGCCACUUAAGAGUUUGUGAAACUCUCUGAGGCUUAUAGUUUAUGGUUCUCUUUUUGUCACGUGCCACAUCCACUCUUAAUGCUGUAUAUUCAGGGGCAAUUACACACAGUUAAAGUUCUAUACACYMGKAGUAGGUUACAUAGGUUACAUAGCAUCCAACUGAAGGUAUCCAACAGUGGUCUGUUCAGUCUCUAUGAUUAAUUCUGCACUGCAUACAUUGCCACAUUACACCCUAUUAGUUUCUAUCUCUCGGCCAAGCCAUAAAAAACUGUUCCUGUUGUGAUUACACACAGACACGCAUAUCUAGACCAGUUUAACUGCUAGCUGCAGUUGAAAGAGAGAGGUUAGUUAUAGGCGUGUCGACAAUUAUACAUUAUUACAGACAUAUUAUUACACUGUUGAUAUAUUGUUCAGGGCAAACAGCCGCUAACAGGGUGGAUGACAUGGUCAGUUUGAACCAGUCAUUUUAUACAUGCUAAAUGGUCAGAAGUUAGGCUCAGGGAACAGGAAAGCAGGUCUUGGGCCAAUUGUAGUACAUUGGGGCACACUAUACAGAGGUGUUUCUCAGCACACAUUUAUCCACACAGAAAACGAUUUCAACAGACCUCGGCUUCUCCUUUCUCCGGCUUGUAGCGCCGUGAAGGGUUUAUCAAGCUUAUGUCCCCAUUGUAAGGCUCUUUUGCUAGUACAUCAAAUUGUAUUUGUCACAUGCGCUGAAUACAACAGGUGUAGUAGAUCUUACAGUAAAAUGCUUACUUACAAGCC